GUUGGCAUCCAAAAAAGAUCCAAAAGAUCCGCCACAAAUAAAUAAAUUCGGAACAGGCGCCUUUUAUUAUUUUGCUAUCUAAUCUAAUCUAAUCUAAUAAUAUCAUCCAAUGAGGUAUCGUUCAAGUUCUUGUGUUGCAUGGAUUCUAUGUAUAUUAUGUAUACCGCUGCUGUGGGUACCCUGGACCUGCCAAGCCUUCCUGCCAGUGCCGUAUACUUAUACUACGAGAACUAGCGCCUCAGACCAAAGAAUAUCUCAUCAGUGUAAGACCCCACCAACGGUAUUUGCACUGAAAGAUCCGUCAUCAUCAUCAUCUGAUUCUUCCAGUACAAGUAAGUCUGCUUCUACCAGGAGAAAAAAGAAGAGUCAGAAACGUCGGCAACCAAAGAAGAAGAAGAAGACCACAGUUGAGACCAUUGCUAGAAGAAAACGAGAUCCCAACGGCAUUGAGACUUGGAGAGUCUUUGGAAUUGAAGUCCAUCCGGAUGCCUAUUGCACCGAGGCACAAAACUAUGGCACAGCUACUAUUAAUACCAGUACUGUCAACAACCACAACAAUCACGACAAUGCUACGAUUCCCGUGGACAAACUAUUUUUGACGCCACCCAUCAUUCAAGCCUUGCUGGAUCGAUUGGACCUUACUAUUAAUAAUAAGAAGAAAAAAGAUCAAGAUCAACAACAACAGCAGUAUCCUUCGUCUACCAUUCGAGACAUUCGAGUCGUUCGACGGUCUUUGGAUGCCCGUAAGAAACGACGCGGUGGUCAAGGGGAAGGCGGUCCACGCUAUGUCUUUGUGCUCGAUGUCGAUAUCCAUGCCAGUUACACCAAGUACUUUCAAGAACAGUCGGGACGAUUGGAAUUCAUGUCGUCAUCGUUCACAUCUGCAGACGACAACAAUGACGCCACGAAUACCCCACCACCACCAAAGAACGACGACAACUCACGCAACCCAGCCACAACAAUAAAAAACAAGAAGAAACGCGUCAUUAUCGUGGGAGCUGGUCCUGCCGGACUCUUUUGUGCUCUUACACUCGUAAAGAAUGGUGUCACACCCAUUGUCCUGGAACGAGGAUUGCCCGUCGAAUCGCGUGGCAAAUCCAUUGGUGCCCUCAUUCAUCGGUCUCAAAUGGACCAAGAGAGCAAUUUUGCCUUUGGCGAAGGCGGUGCCGGGACGUGGAGUGACGGGAAACUCACGACACGGAUUGGUCGCAAUUCUCACAACGUUCGCACAGUGUUGGAGACGUUCGUGCAGUACGGUGCGCCCGAAACGAUUUUGGUGCAUGGCAGUCCUCAUUUGGGUACGGACAAUCUGGUCAAGUUGUUGCGCGCCAUGCGAUUGGAUUUGAGACGCAUGGGCGGUGAGAUCGUCUUUGGAGCCAAAAUGACAGAGUUGAUUGUGGAUCAUCAAGAAGAGGGUGUCACGAAAGGAGUCAAAUGUACCAAAAGUGGAGAGGCCAUGGAACGACAUGUCAACCAGGAUUCUUCAUCAUCAUCAUCAUCAUCCUCCUUUUAUCCAGAAUGGUUGCAAAAUGAUAGCGGAGAAGACAAAACGACAACCAUCAUGGGAGAUGCGGUCGUCUUGGCGACGGGACACUCGGCACGAGACGUUUACGAAAAACUACAUCAGGAUGGAGUCAAACUAGAAGCCAAGGGAUUUGCCGUCGGAUUUCGGGUCGAACAUCCACAAAAAAUCAUCAACAAGAUUCAAUAUGGCAACGAAUGGGGCAUGUCCGUCAUCACUGGCAAAAAGACCACCGAUGCGGAAAAUGACAACUAUUUCAUGGCAAACAACAACAAUGACGAUGCCCAACGACGACAACACCCGGGGCAGUUGCCCGUGCCAUCCUAUCGACUGGCGACCAAUCAUGCCAAGGAUGGAACAACCGACAACGACAGCAAUGGCAACAAUAAUCAUAAUGAGCGAGGUGUGUAUUCCUUUUGCAUGUGUCCGGGUGGACAAAUUGUACCCGCGUCCACGGACCCCAACGAAGUGUGCGUCAAUGGCAUGAGCUUUAGUCGACGCGAUUCCACAUUUGCCAAUUCGGCAUUGGUCGUCACAGUAGACCCGGAGGAUGCCAUUUUGGACGAGUACCGACAAGACCAUGGUGUGUUGGCCGGUGUGGCCUUUCAGAGAGAUAUGGAACGACGCGCAUCGUUGUUGGGUGGCGGCAACCUGACCGUCCCCGUGCAACGCGUGACCGACUUUUUGGCCGGUACCGCUUCCACAUCGGCCCCACCGUCAUCGUACCGAUUGGGCGUCAAACCAGCCGCCUGUCAUGAAAUUUAUCCUCCGCCACUCGUCAACUCGUUGCGAGAUGCAUUGGAACAUCACUUUGAACGGCAAAUGCCAGGAUUUGUCUGUGAGGAUGCGCUCCUUCAUGCGGUGGAAACCAGAACUUCCAGUCCUGUGCGAGUUUCUAGAAAUGCCGAAACCUUGGAGGCAGAGGGUACCAAACAGCUCUAUCCGGCCGGUGAAGGAGCAGGGUUUGCUGGUGGAAUCGUUUCCGCAGCAGUGGAUGGGAUAUGUGUAGCCAAUGCCAUUCUGGAGAGAGUUCUAGCCAGUAGCGAAAGUGAUAACUAGGCUGACAAUAAGGAACAAUAAAGGGUGUGUAACUUUCAUCACUUUAAAAGUUAGACUAAAUGAGUACUGACCAACAAAGAAGAGGAUUAUUGUUGGUUGGAAAA